AUGGCGGAGGGAGCGGCGGAUGAGGCCUCAGUAGACGGUGGUGGAGAUUCCACAGCCAGCGCGCCAGAACGGGGAGUGGCGCCCAUUAAAUCUCAGUACCUCACCACCAAGGAGCAGUUUCACGAAUUCCUGGAAGCCAGAGGGCAGAAGAAGGCCUCCAGGGAAACAGAGGCAGUGGAACCUGAUGGCUGUGACCUGGCUGAGCCUGAGGCCAAGCGGGUCCGGCUGGAGGAUGGGCAGACGGAAGAUGAACAGAAGGAGAAGGCAGCUGAGCUCCAGGAGCAGCCACCGGCUCAGAAAAGGGCCCGAGGCCAGAACAAGGGCCGGCCUCACCUGAAGCCCAACCACUAUGAUGGGGACAGGCUCUGCCCCUCCCUGGUCCAGGGGUCAGCCACCAAGUGUUUCUAUGGCGACCGCUGCCGUUUCCAGCACGAUGUGGGCCUCUACCUGGAGAACAAGCCAGCUGACCUAGGCCCCCACUGCGUGCUGUUUGAGACCUUCGGCAAGUGCCCCUAUGGCGUGACCUGCCGUUUCGCUGGGGCCCACCUGGGACCUGAGGGCCAGAACCUCAUUCGGGAGGAGGUGGUGGCCCGAGGGGCCCAACCCCCACCCGUCCGAAACGGCCUGGACAAGGCCCUACAGCAGCAGCUGCGGAAGCGCAAAGUCUGCUUCGAGCGGGCCGAGCAGGCCCUUCGCCAGUUAAGCCAGGGCCAGCCUCCAGGCCUCACCUCUGCUGCCACUGCGCCUGUCACCCCUGAGGGCCCCGUGGCUGAGGGUGCUCCCGGGCAGGGCAGCGGUGAUGCUCAGCAGGCCCUUCCCAGCAGUCCUGUGCAGACCUGUGGAACCCUGACAGAUGAGGACAUAGUCAGGCUGAGGCCCUGUGAGAAGAAGCGGCUGGACAUUGGUGGCAAAUUGUACCUGGCACCCCUCACCACGUGCGGGAACCUGCCGUUCCGACGGAUCUGCAAGCGCUUCGGGGCAGACGUGACCUGCGGGGAGAUGGCUGUCUGCACCAGCCUGCUGCAGGGCCAGACAUCUGAGUGGGCCUUGCUCAAACGGCACCACAGCGAGGACCUCUUUGGGGUGCAGCUCGAGGGUGCCUUCCCAGACACCAUGACCCGGUGCGCGGAGCUGCUGAACCGCACCAUUGAGGUGGACUUCGUGGACAUCAACGUCGGCUGCCCUAUCGACCUUGUGUACAAAAAGGGCGGAGGCUGCGCCCUCAUGAGCCGCGCCACCAAGUUCCGUCAGAUCGUCCUCGGCAUGAACCAGGUGCUGGACGUACCGCUGACGGUGAAGAUCCGCACGGGUGUCCAGGAGCGGACCAACCUGGCCCAUCGCCUGCUGCCGGAGCUGCGGACCUGGGGCGCGGCACUGGUCACGCUCCAUGGCCGUUCACGGGAGCAGCGCUACACCAAGCUGGCUGACUGGCAGUACAUUGAGCAGUGCGUGAAGGCCGCCAGCCCCAUGCCCCUGUUUGGAAAUGGGGACAUCUUGUCGUAUGAGGAUGCCAACCGCGCCAUGCAGACUGGUGUCACUGGCGUCAUGAUUGCCCGCGGCGCGCUGCUCAAGCCGUGGCUGUUCACGGAGAUCAAGGAGCAGCGCCACUGGGACAUCUCGUCGUCCGAGCGCCUGGACAUCCUGCGGGACUUCACACACUACGGCCUGGAGCACUGGGGCUCGGAUACACAGGGCGUGGAGAAGACCCGCCGCUUCCUGCUUGAGUGGCUCUCCUUCCUGUGCAGGUAUGUGCCGGUGGGCCUGCUGGAGCGGCUGCCACAGAAGAUCAACGAGCGGCCCCCGUACUACUUGGGUCGUGACUACCUGGAGACGCUCAUGGCCAGCCAGAACUCGGCCGACUGGGUUCGCAUCAGUGAGAUGCUGCUGGGACCCGUGCCACCCACCUUCGUCUUUCUGCCCAAGCACAAGGCCAACUCAUAUAAGUAG